AUGGAAUUCACAGCCACCAAUUCAGACCGAGAAAUGCACCCUCCCCCGGUGGCAGUGCCGUCGCAUCUGCAGCAGUCCACGACCCACCGCACGGUGCCCAAAACCAACCCCAAGACGGGCAAGUCCGAAAUGCCCCGACCCUACAAGUGCCCCAUCUGCGACAAGGCCUUCCACCGGCUGGAGCAUCAGACCCGCCACAUCCGGACACACACGGGCGAGAAGCCCCACGAGUGCACCUUCCCAGGUUGCACCAAGCGGUUCAGCCGUAGCGACGAGCUCACCCGACACUCGCGCAUACAUUUAAAUCCCAACACUAGACGGGCCAAGAACAUGAACAGCGCCGCCGCCGCCGCUCACAAUGCCGCCGCUCAGCAGAAGGGCCCUCCUUCUAACCAGCAGCCCAAGGACGACCGAACAGACCGCCUUGUGGCCAUCAGUAAUCUCGUCGACCACCACGACGCCCACCCUCCUAUUCCCGGAGGCAGUGGUAUCAAGAGCGAGUACUCGUCCGCAUACUCGACUCCAUAUUCUUCGGUGCCGUCGUCGCCAACCAUGGGACAGGCCUCGUUGUACAGACCUUAUGGUGCUGGUCCAGGCGGUCCUCCUCCUCCUGGUGGACCUGGUGGACUGGGUGGACCUGCUCCUCCUGGCCCUCCCGGCCACCAUGGAGGACCCCCCACUCACAUAGGUCUACCACCCCUACACCAUCCUCCUCCUCCAGGAGGCCCUCAUUCGGCCGCGCCCAGUGCUCCCAACAGUACGCCCGGGUCGCCCAUGUUUGUGCGAGUGCCACAUUCAACCUACCCAAGAUCGACUUUCGACAUGAACAUGCUCGCGACUGCGGCCUCUCAGCAGCUCGAGCGCGAGAACGCGCCUCCAUCGGGUCUGUCUUCUGGUGCUCCCUCGGCUGCGCCUUCCGGCACCUCCAGCCCCUUCAACCAUUCACCCUCGUCGUCGCCACUGCAGUCCACGCAGUCGUCCCCCGCUCUGGCGUCGUAUUUCAGUCGGCCUCCUGCUCCGUCUUCCAACCCCGGAACCCCCGGUAGCUCGCACGGUCCUCCCUACGGCUUCUCGUCGGGCACGUCGCUGUCGUCGCAUGGAAACACGCACUCCAAUCACUUCCAGCACCCACAACACUUGCAUCCCCCGCAUCAUCACCAUGGUCUGCAGGGACACAUCUUUGCGGGUCUGCAGCGCAUGACGCCCAUGUCUGGAAGAGACGACUCGGAGCCAUGGCACCGGUCUAAGAAGUCGCGCCCCAACUCACCGUCUUCUACUGCACCGUCGUCGCCCACUUUCAGCAACUCGGAGAGCCCCACGCCGGACCACACGCCCCUGGCGACCCCCGCACAUUCGCCUCGAAUCCACCCUCGAGAUCUCGAGGGAGUGCAGCUGCCUUCCAUUCGGUCGCUGUCGAUUGGCCGCCACGUGCCCCCCACGCUACCGCCUAUGGAGAUUGCGCCUCGGUCAAGUGGAGGCACCCAUACCGGCACCCAUACGCCGUACGGCGGCGGAUCUGCGUCGCACACGCCGUUUGGCACAUCACCCAACUCGGGAGUUCCUCCUCCGCAUCCAAACGCGGCCCAGGGCGCUGCUUCUUCGCUUAGCAUGCUAGCCAUGGCUGGCCUGAACCACGCUGCUGGGGGAGCUGCUCCUGGAGGCAGUGGGGCGGCAGCUACGUCGUCGACGCGCGACGAGCCCAGCAACGAUACAUCUGGGCCUGCGUCAGGCAGCGGGCCUUCUGCUCCGUCCACCGCGUCGUCCAGUACUCGAAUGGCCGUCAGUGACUUGAUUGAUAGAUGA